UCAGCCCCGAACACUCAGCUGUGCCUGGAACCUUCUGGAGCCCAGCCCCUCUCUCAGAGGAGCCCAGAGCAGGCAGCAGAUGCCAUGGAGACCCCCUCAGCCCAUGGACACAGAGGGCGGGCCCCCUGGACGGGGCUGCUGCUGGCAGUCUUGGUCUUGAUCUUCUGGACUCUGCCCACCUCCACCCAGCUCACUAUUGAGUUUGUGCCACCGAGUGCUGCAGAAGGUAUGGACGUUUUCCUACUCGCCCACAAUCUACCAGGGAACGUUGAUGGCUAUUUCUGGUACAAGGGGGAGUCUGGGGGGGCCAAUGAACUAGUUGCCUCUUACAUAAUAGCCACUAACGUAAUCACCAAGGGCCUUGCACACAGCGGUCAAGAGAUCAUCUACCCCAAUGGGUCCCUGUGGAUCCAGAACAUCACCCCAGCACACACAGGAUCCUACACCCUCAAAGUCACGAAGAGCAACCUAACAGAAAGAGUAACGAGGCACCUCUCCAUUCACCAGUGGUUACCCAAACCCUACAUCAUAAGCAGUAACCCCGACCCUGUGGAGCACCAGGACCACGUGGUGUUAACCUGUGAACCUGAGAUUCAGAACACGACCUACCUGUGGUCCAUCAACAGCCAGAGCCUCCCGGACAGCAACAGACUGAAGCUGUCCAUGGACAACAGGACCCUCGUGCUACUCCGGGUCACCAGGGCUGACACAGGGCCCUAUGUGUGUGAGACCCAGAACCCAGCGAGCACCCGCCGCAGCGACCCAUUCACACUAAAUGUUCUCUAUGGCCCGGACACCCCCAUAAUUCUCCCCCUACAAUCUUACUACCAUCCAGGGAAAAUACUCAGCCUUACCUGCCAUGCAUACUCUAACCCACCCCCACAGUAUUCUUGGCUAAUCAAUGGGGAGUCCCAGGAAUUCACUCAGCAGCGGCUUUUUAUCCCCAACAUCUCUGUGAGUGACAGUGGAGUCUACACCUGCCUGGUCCACAACACUUUCACUGGUCUCCAAAAGAGCACAGUCAAGGUUAUCAUGGUCUCUGAGUCAGCAACCACACCCUCCAUCUUAGCCAGCAAAACAGUAGUCAUUGAAAAUAAAGAUGCCGUGGUCCUGAUCUGCCUCACAAUAGACACUGGGAUCUCCAUCCUGUGGCACUUCAAUAACGACCAUCUGUGGCUUACAGACAGGAUGGCACUGUCCUGGGACAAGAGAAUCCUCACCAUCAAUCCUGUCAGGAGGGAGGAUGCUGGGGAGUAUCAGUGUGAAGUCUUGAGGUUGUAUGUUUCCAGCAGAAGUGACCCGCUAACCUUGACUGUAAUUAGAGACUCCUCUGUCACAGGCCUCUCUGCAGGGGCCAUCGCUGGCAUCGUGAUCGCGGUCCUGAUAUUUCAGGCAGCUGCCCUGGGGUGGGUCCUGUUCCUCAAAUAUGGUAGAAGGACACGUGACAAGCGAGGCCUAUCAGAGCACCAGCCCCCUGCGCCCACCCCUGACCCUGGUCCAUCAGGCAACGCCACCUUCUCGACCCCCAAUCCAGGCCCUGCACCAGCUGCUGUUCCCAUCUACCAGGAGUUACUGUACCGUGACACAAACAUUUACGGCCGGAUCAACCCCAUGGCAGAAGCGGCUUCUUAGUGUCUUCCAGGAACUGCUCCUUUAGAGCUGUGUCAGGGUCCCCUGAGACCCCAGGCCUAGUGGGGUCGGAGCUGGAACCUGAGUCAGAGAACUAGUUGUGAACCCUAAGAGCAUUCUGGAAUAUGCCCAGGUCUUUGUCCCUCAAUUUCUGGAGGCUCUAGCAGGCUGCCCUGUGCCCUGACUAGACUAAGGCUCCACACCCCUGAAAAUGUGUGUGAAGGGGGUUCUCAGCUCACACUAGACCAGACCUAUGACCUAUCAUGGACCACCUGAGAGGGUCUGAAUAAAGAGAA